AUGACGGCUGACAAAGAGGCUGGAUCAGGGUGGAUAAAUACCGGCAGUCGUCCCUCCAUCGUCUUCAUCUUCCCUCCUUCUCUCCCUCUCCAGGCAGUCUCCAUCCCUCAAUCCGUAGCGAUGGAGGACAGCCUUCUACCCAAUAUCCCGUUCAGCUCUUCCCCUGAUGGCUAUAUAUAUAGUCUGCAGGGACGACGAUACUAUGUCCGUCCAGAUGAAAAUGCACCACCCUUCGACGGAGGCCCGGAGUCGACGUUCGUGACGGUCUUUCAUAUCUCCCAUGAAGGGCCAUUCACCAUCACGAUCGAUUGGCUGGCAGCCAUUAUUUCGGAAUGCCAGGCCAAAGAUGAUGUCUUCCACGUCUCCUUUCUCCAGGGCAUCAUUCUCGUCGGUCUGGAUGAUGCCCUCAUCACGAUGGCUGAUGGUGUUCACGACUAUAUGCAGAAGGUAGGCAUUGAAUGGAUUCAAAGCAUUCCCGAGGGCGAUGAAGAUAUCCAUCCUGGACCAUAUUUCCUUACCAACGGACUUCUUCAAGAGGUCUGGAGGCUGUACCCCGACACAAAUGGGGCUUUUCUGGAAGCAGUUGAACCAGGACAGACAAGCCCCUUUCUCCAUCUCUCGCUUACACAUGCCGGGACCUCAGACAUCGCCGUUACAUCACGUCUCAGGUCUUCCCAAUCUACCCUCCCACUGGCCGGACUACGAGUCGCUGUCAAGGAUAAUAUUCAUCUACAGGGGCUCAAGACAUCUCUAGGCAACAGAGCUUAUCACAAGCUGUCCGCCCCACAGCAAACGACAGCGGGAUGUAUCCAACAACUAAUCAAUCUCGGGGCGACCAUCGUUGGGAAAACCAAGCUGAACUCGUUCGGGGUAUGGGAAGAGCCGAUUCACAACGUGGAUUAUCAAGCACCUUGGAACCCGCGCGGAGAUGGCUAUCAAACUCCCCGGGGUAGCGACAGUGGUAGUGCUGUAGCUGUUGUGGCCUAUGACUGGUUGGAUAUUGCGGUUGGAACUGAUACUGGUGGAAGUAUCCUCCGGCCAGCUCUGUGGAAUGGUUGCUUUGCGAUUCGUCCUACUUGGGGUGCGCUAUCGACUCAUGGUCUGGUUGCGCGCAUCGGAAAGCUAGACACGCCCGGGUUUCUAGGAAGAGACCUUGGCAUGUUCAGAGAUGUUAUAACUGCCUGGUAUGGAGAUGAGCUCCCUACCUUCAACCCUAAGCCAUUCAAAAAGAUCAUCUGGCCCACCGACUACUGGAACACGGUACACCCCGACCAACGCACCGUCGCCGAGAAGUUCAUCCUAGACAUGGAAGCUGCCUUGGGUAUUUGGCACGAGACGAUCUCGAUCCAAUCCAGAUGGGAAACUCCCCGACCAGGCUUCGGGACAUUAGACAACUAUAUGAAUGAUGCAAUGCGCCAUAUCUGGUACGACGAUUACCAUGAGCAUGAUGACUUCCGCGGGGAGUACCAACGCCGGUUUCAAAAGGCACCAUACAUCAGUCCGGCCGUUCGCGAGAACUGGACCCGGAAUAAAAGCAUCACUGAGGUUGAGCGAAACCGAGCGGCUGCGAAACUUGAUGACUAUCGAAUCUGGUUCCAGGACGCUAUCCUUGCCCCGACUUCCGGCAAUUGCCUCCUCGUCCUCCCGAUAGAGAACAUGAGCCCUAGCUAUCGUGAUGAGGGACCACAGCAUAAACAAGGCGGUCCCAGCGUCAACUCCCUCAUGCUGGCAUCCGUACUAGGCGCACCUGAACUAGUUGUUCCUAUCAGCCAAAUUCUCUACACCUCGAAGGUAACCGAGAAGGAAGAACAUCUUCCCUUCGCUAUCGGUCUCGUCGGCCCUCCAGGAACCGACCUCCACCUCGUCACCGCAGCACUCACUACUCUGCGCGCCAUCAAUAAACCCAUAGUUCUGUCCACUGGAGCGUCCGCUUUCACUGGAAAGAAUUGACAUCCAUUUCUAAAAGCAGAAAUUAUGGUAUCUUGCCUCUUAUUUUUACGUUGAUUAUUAUUAAGGAUUAUGGUUGCUUGGUAAAGUUGUGAAACGAAUGGUAACUUUGCUUGGUAUCUCCUAUUACUAAUGAGUGAUCUUGGACUUGCUUGGUAUUGCUAUUGUUAUUGUUAUCUCUAUGAUUAUUAUUAAGGAUUAAUGGUUGCUUGGUAAU